GAGUGGCCAAAAAGUUUUCUUUCUAUCUCUUCUAUGUGCUCAGUCUCAUUUGUCUUUAAUUUUGUUUGAAAAUUCUAUUGAUCAAAAUUAAAGAUAAACUAAUAGCAAAAGUUGAAGUAGCUAGCUAACAAGUCAUGGCCGAUACGGAAGUUCCGAAAGCGCCCGUUUCUGCGAAGAAACCCACUUCUUCCAACAGUAAACCGACCGUUAAUAGUUCAGCAGCGGCAGCUUCCAAAGCAAAACCCGCCGCUCAAACCGCCGUCAAACCGACCGCGAAUAAACCGGCGCUAACCAAAGCCGGCAGUAAAACAUCGCUGCUAACUCCCGCCCAGAAAUCGCUGUCUACUUCGAAAACUAAUCUAGAAAUUAAACCGGGGGUUGACAGUGGUUUGAAAAAACCCGAACAACGCUCGUCGUCUAGUCUGAACUCGCUUACUUCUAAGGGCGACGCCAGUAAACUGUCUGCCGGCAAACUGAACAAAUCAACACCCAGUCUGGGCGGCAGUGGUGACCAAAAGGUUACUAGUAGUUCGGCUGCAGUAGUCGACAAAUCCAAGAUGGAGUCGUCAAAACGAAAGCCGGACAGAAAAAGCUCCAACUGUCAACACCAAGGUGAAAUCUGUGGACGGUAAACCGACUGCUACCUCAGAAGUGAACAUUACGUCUACGGUGAGCGACGAGGAGCUGGGUGCGGUAACAACCGAAUCUAGUUGUCCGAUUGAAUCGGCGUCCAGCAACGAGUCGUUUGAGGUGAUCAGCAUAUCAGACAUCAAAUCGGAGAGGACGUCUUCUCCGGAGCUGUUGGAGUUGGAGGAGGAUGGAGCAGAGAAGAAGAAGAAUGAUGUGAAGAAGGAGGAGGUAGAAGGAAAGAAGGAUGAUGAUAAGAAAGAUGGAAGUGUCGUGGUGAAGGUGGAAGUGGAAGAGAAGAAGAAGAAGGGAGAGGUGAGUGUGAAGAAGGAGGAAAGUGUGGCGAUAAAGAAAGAGACUGACUCGAAAAAAGAUGCAAAAGAUAAAGAAGUUGAAUCAAAAUCUGGUAAAACACCACAAACCCCUGCAAAAAAUGUAGAAGUUGACGCUAAAACUACAGGUAAAGACAAAAAAGUUGAGCCACAAAGUGAUAAACUCCGGCUAAAGGCAAAGAAGAUGACAUGAAAAGUGGUAAAAGCGUUGGCUUGAACAGUGAUGAUACCGCUAAAAACCUGGUGGACAAAAGUGGCAUGGAGAAUGGUGAUCAAAAGCAGGCAAAGGCGAGUAAAGAAGAUGUCGCUAAGAAAGUGGGGGAAGAGAAAAAGGACAAAGAUAACACUAAGAAGAGUGUGAUGGAUGAGAAGAAAAGUAAUGAACCUGUCGGGAAAGAGUCUGAUGUUUCGAAGAAACAUGCUAAAGAUAGUAGUGAUGAAAAACUUGCCAAGUCGGCCAAGAAAAAGUCAGACAUUGUCGAAGGAAAUGACAAGAAGUCUGACUGUAAAGUUGAUAACAAAGCCAAAAUUGAUUCGAAACUUGUUGGCAGUGAGGAAACGAUGAAGCAAUCGUUGCUUGAUUCCAGCAAAGUAGCAGCUGACAAAGAUGCUUCUAAUAAACAAACAACUAGUGAUCUUGUGAAAGCUGGAGAUGGUACUAAGUCACAAGAAAAGGAUUCCAAGGAUAAUAGUGCCAAGGUGCAUCAAAAAGAUUCCAAGGCACAGAAAAAUGAUUUGAAGGAUGGUGUUUCCAAGGCAAAAGGAGAUGAUGGAGGUAAUAAGGUGCAGCAGAAGGAUUCUAAGGUUAGUGGGACGAAGGUAGAAGUGAAGGAUUCUAAACUAGAUGAAAAGGAUUCCAAAGAUGGCAAUUCAAAGGCGCAGGAAGAGAAUUCCAAGGAUAGUGGUGCCAAGUCAUCACAAAAGGAGUCUUCCAAGGAUAGUAGUGCUAAGGCACAACAGAAGGAUUCUAAGGAUAGUGAGACCAAGGUACCACAAAAGGAUUCUAAGAACAGUGGUACUAAAGUUGCACAAGAAAAGGUUCUAAAGAUAGUGUAGGUAAGGUACCACAAAAGGAUUCUAAGGACAGUGUUGCACAAGAAAAGGGUUCUAAGGAUAUUGUUGCUAAGGAUCCUGAGGAAAAUGGUACUAAGGUUGGACAAGAAGAGGCUUCCAAGGAAAGUGUUG